GCAACCGCUAUCCCAACGCAAUUGGGCGGUCCAUACUUUAAAAGAUGGCUGCAAAUAUUCAAAGAAUAGUCUCUCUUUUACCCAAAAGACAAUAUGGACCCUCGAAUUUAUCCAUCCCGAAAACAAUAUGCGGCAACUGCCUGCGCUCCUUUACAACAAGCUCGACAUCCCUAGCUGGACACAACAAGUGGUCGAAAACAAAGCACAUCAAGGCCGUCACCGACAAGAAAAAGAUGUCUGAGAGAACAGCUUUUACAAAACUCAUUGCUUUAUACUCUAAAUUAUAUGGUGACAACAUCGCCUUCAACCCGCAACUAGCCAAUGCGAUUUCCGCAGCGACAAAAGCCAGUAUCCCCAAGAACCUCAUCGAAGCCGCCGUCGCGCGUGGCCAGGGCCGCUCGACUACCGGCGCCCAGCUCGAAGCCAUAACAUUCGAAGCGCUCAUGCCGCCCAGCAUUGCCAUCAUUGCCGACGUUGAAACAGACAACAAGACGCGAACGAUGCACGAUCUCAAAUACGUAGUGAAGAAAGCGGGUGGCAUCUCCAGCUCCAGCGCCUUCUACUUUGCGCGCCGUGGCCGCAGCGUCUUCAAAGCAAAGGACAAAGGACCCGCAUUAUCAGACAUGCUUGAUGAAGCCAUUGAGCACGACGGUGUAGAAGAUGUCGAGGAUUCUCCGGAUGGCGGCUUCGUCAUGUGGACGGAACCAUCGGUACUCAUGGCCGUCACGGAGGCCUUCUCGAAGAAGUUUGAGCUCGAGAUUGCCGAAGCCGAUAUCGUAUGGGCCGCAAACGAGGAUACAAAAGUCGGACUCGAUUCGGACGAGUCGGCAGAGGCACUCGAUACACUGCUUGGCGGCUUGAAAGAAUACCCCGAAGUAAAAGGCUUGUACAUCAAUACUCAUCGUGGGAGCCUCUCGCAGGAGACGUGGGACAAGGUAGAGAGGCAUAUCGAUGCGUGAGUUAAUAUAUACAUAAAUGUUACAUAAAUUUUUAAUCCUGUACAUUGAGGGCGCGCACCGUCCACUCUCCCCAAAAAACGCCAAAGUGCAAUGAAGUAAAGAUGUUCCCGCGCUAGCAGCAUUGCAUACGCCAGCAAUAUCACGUUGUGUUGUACAUUGACAUGGCCUUCUCUUUCUAUACAAGCAGAAUGCCACGUCAUAUUUUUUUUGUUUUUCGUCCGUAAUUUAUUUCGUCUCGUUCUGGGGAUCCGCGGCUCGUAGGCGCUCCUGUUCAAACGCCUUUGCCUGCUGCAGCUUCUGCUUCGCAACAAGGCGCUCGUACUCGCGCUUGAGCUCCUCGCGGUCUCGCGGCAGCUUGUUGGUCUGGCUGUCUUGGGGCCAGAAUCCGGGAACAGAGAAUCUGUUAUCGAGGUUCGUGCCAAAGUAGUACAUGAUGCCAAUUGGGAACAUGACAUACAUGCCAAACUGUGUGCCAGAGUCACGUUAGCUACGGAAGUCGAAGCCGCCAAUGGCAUCUGCAGUGAAUAGGGCGCACCUUGAAGACUUCGAGAUUUAAUCCACCCAUUUUUGCUAUAUGGAAACUGUUUGCGACGUGGUUAUGCGAUCGGUA